AUGUCAAUUCCACGAAGGAAUACCUUCUGCAACAGUGUUAACCCGACCAAAUGUCCAUCUGGCGAAGCGGAAAAGCAGUUGACCCAUGCAAAUGGUGGCAUCAGUGGCUGUGGAGAGGCCGACUUGGAUAGCAGCAGUUCUUCAGGCGGCUGUGGAGGAGGAAGAAGCUGUACCAACGGCGGAGCCGGAUUCCAGACUGGCUCCGGCGUCAGCGCGGACCUCGAGAAUGUAUUCGGUCUACAGUUUUUCGUGCGAACUUCGCUUUCAGAGGUGGAUCGCUAUUUGCGGGAGGAGCCCAUCGGACUGGAGGAGAAUCCCCUGGCGUGGUGGGCUGAAAAAGCGACCAGAUACCCUCGAGUCGCCCGUUUGGCGCGCCGUCUGCUCAGCCUUCCGUUGUCCGCCCUGCCCGGUCUGGACAGAGCCUUAGUGACCGUUCUGGCGGCCGAAGCCGUCGGCGACUCGCCCAGGACGCGGUCUCUGUGCGACGGUAGCGAAGGCAGAUCGACGAGAGUUGCGCUAGAGGCCUCAGUGAAGCAGAGAGCCUGUAAGAGUGGCCGAAAGCAGUCGACCCUCGGCAGGGUCAGAUCUGCCGACCUGGAGGCCAGUGGACUGGACUUGGACUGCCCUCACGAGGCCACGAUACCUUUUUCCGGCUGUAUCCAAGGCAGUGAAGCCCUUCGAGGUGGCAACAAUAGCGUGUCGUUCAACGCUAGUUCAGGGCAAGAGGGUGUGACUGCGGCCGAACUGGAGAGACGACCCGAAGCGAAAAUGUACAAAGGACAGUGUGCCAUUUGGCCGACAUGCGAGUCAACUGUCCGCGGUAGGAUUGGCCGGCGGCUAUUGCAGGCUCUGUGUGAUUCUCCGCCCACUUCUGCCGUUUCGCGAAAGCGAGGUGUUAAGGAGAACAACUGUGAGGUCGCAGUGGAGGAGAUAAGUCAAGAGGAAAUUGCACUUCCAGCCGAGCAGGAAGGGAUAAAGAAGAAAAAGAAGCGAAAUAGGAAAAAUGAGCUUGAAGAUGAGGAGUUGGAGAGCAAGAUUUCGAGUGAAGCGAUCACCUACACGGCCACUCCCCAGCAGAGGCAGGGGAUACGGACGGGGCUGUUCGACGACGCUAUGAAAAACUUUGGGUUGUCCGACACAGUAGAUCCACUUCGCGUGAAACUCAAUCAAAUCGCCCCAGAAGACAUGGAGAUAUACACCUUCCUGUGGCACAAUUGGAAAUACACUGGAAUCAAGUAA